AUGAUUUAUAUAUUAUUAUAUAAAUAAAUAAUCCAUUUUUUUUUUAUAAAAAACCAAAUUUAUUAAAAAAUUAUAAUUAAUAUUUAUUUUAGAUUAAAUGAUUUAUAAAUAAAUAAAUUUUAAAUAAAAAUUAAUUUUUCUGCAAAUAAUAAAAAAUGGAUUUACUCAUAAUUUUGUUCAUUAUAUUAAUAAUACUUUUUGUAUAUAAAUAUUUAAUUUUCAAAAAAAUUUAAAUAUGUGAUAUAUUAUUAUUAAAAUAUAGAUUUAAUUACUAAAAUUCAUAUUUUAGCCUUAUUUUGCUUGGAAAAAAUAAAUUAAAAAUGCUAACCAUAAGUAUUAAUAAAUAUAAACACAUAUUAAAAAGAAAUUAAAAAUUAUAGUGACAUAAUAAUUAUUUUUAAUGAAAAGGAAUAAUCAUAUAUUGAAUACCAAAAUUAAAAUUAAAAUUAAAAUUAUGACUUAUCAAUAGUAAUACCUGCCUACAAUGAAUAAAAUAGAAUUGGAAAAAUGCUUACUUAGACUAUAAAUUAUUUUGAAGAAUAGUAUACUUAAAAAAAUAAAAAUUAUGAAAUUAUAGUUGUAGAUGACGCUUCAAAGGAUAAAACGUAUUAUUUUAUUAAAAAAAAUCAUUAGAAAAUAUAACAAAAUAGUAUUGAAAUAGUAAAGAGUUUUUUUAAUUUUUAAGGAAAAAAAAUAAACUUAAAAAUAAUUAGCUAUAAGAAAAAUAUAGGUAAAGGAGGGGCAGUUAGAUAUGGAAUACUUUUAGCAAAAGGAAAAUAUAGACUUUUUGCAGACGCAGAUGGGGCAACUAAAAUUGACGAUUUUUAAAAACUUUAUGAUAAAAUUUAAUAAAUAGAAAUCAAUAAUUUAGGAAUAUCUGUAGGUUCAAGAAGUCAUAUGUAUUAAGAUACAUAAUUGGAAAGGAAAUGGUAUAGAUUAGUCUUGAGUUUGAUUUCGAAAAUUAUAGUGUAAUAAAUAUGUGGAGUUAAAUUAAAUGAUACAUAAUGUGGAUUUAAACUAUUUACUUAAAAAACUGCUCUAAAAAUAUUUUAAACUUAACAUUUGGAAAGAUGGGCUUUUGAUGUUGAACUUUUUAUGAUUGCUAACUAUUAUAAAGUUCCUAUUGUUGAAGUUCCUGUAAAUUGGAAAGAUGUAGACGGUUCCCAUUUGAAUAUAAUUGAUGCUUCAGUGACUAUGUUGAGAGAUUUUUUAAUGGUUAGGCUUUUAUAUUUAAGCUAAGUGUGGUAAUAUACUGAUUUAACUUUUAAAUAUUCAUGA